CGCACUCAGUCGAGCAUUGGCAGGCGCUUUUGCACGAGCGUACUGUGUUGUGCGUGCAGCAGCGGUGCGAAGCCCCAGAGCCAGCUCAAAUCUCAAUAUAUAUACACACACGACACACAGCGUGUGGUGUGUUGAGAGCCGCCUCAUCUCUGCCUUAAUUUUCGCCUGAAUUGUGCAUUAUCGAAUGAUAAUCGUUGACACACCGCGUAGAAAAUCAGCGUUUAGAUUAUAUAUAUACGCCAGUGCCUUAGGCUCGAGCAAAUACAUACCGUGUAUGUAACAAAACAAAGGGCCUCCACGUCACUUGCAUUCGGUUCGUACGUGCGUGUGUACAGCUGAAAAGGAAGUUUGAGUGCAGCGAUCAUUGUGGACAACUGUGCUGCCGCUGCUGCUGUGUAUUUUGCGACGUUGACGACGCUUCGCUGCUGCUGCUGCUGUGUAUUAUAUAUAUAAAAUAUAUAUAGCAUACAUAUCGUGUAUAGGCGCAGAGUUGGUGUAUUAGUGCAAAAGUGUGUGCAGAGACGGAGAGCGCGAGUGAGAGUACAGCACGCAUAUUACAACGGUGCUUGCUUAUAUAUUUCGACCGACUGUCUGUCCGUCCGUCUGUCUAUCUGUCGUGGUGGUGUGUGUACACAAAAUACACACACACACACAUAGGUUGACAACGACGCGAGGGAAGAAGAGAGUGCAGAAUAAGUGAGAAAAAAAAAUUCGACUCCGAAGCGAGAUAGUUGGCGAAUUGUAAUCGCUUCGUAUUAAAACAUAUAAAAAUUGUGUAGCACGGGGCAACGGUCGUGGUGCGCCUGCCGUGUGUGUACAUACAUUAUUAUACAGUUUGUCUGGAACUCCGAGAUACUGCUCGACUGCUACUUUUUCAUCUGCUCUUAAAUCUUAUCAAGCAUGGCUCUCAUGAGGAUGACCUUGUCCGCCUUGGCGCGGACGCGAUUCGGCGCCCAAGCCAUCAGGCCGAAAUUUUCAGCCAAACCCAAGCCGAGGGAUAACAUGGUAUUCGGCUUCGUCGCCUGCAACUUCCUCAGCACCCACCGUCUGACGAAGAACAUCGAGCUGCUGACGGACGACGUCAGUCAGCCCGCCAUCAUCAAGCCCGAGACGAAGAAGAUCAUCAAUCCGCGCGAGAGCAACGCCGACAAUCGGCCGCUCCUCGUCCUGCUCUGCUGGCUGCUGUCCAAGCGCAAUCACAUCAUGAAGUUCGUCAACUUCUACAUGGAGCAGGGCUUCGACGUCGUCACCGUGAGCAUGACCCCGUGGCAGCUCAUGUGGCCCGUCAAGGGCUCGCGCAUCAUCGCCCUCGACCUGCUCGAGUUCCUCGAGCAGAACAAGCACUACGAGCAGAUCUUUCUGCACGGCUUCUCCGUGGGCGGCUACAUGUGGGGCGAGGUGAUGGACUUCGUGCACAAGGACCGCAAGAAGUACGACGACGUGGUGAAUCGCGUGGUGGGCCACGUCUGGGACAGCGCGGCCGACAUCAGCGAGCUCACCAUCGGCACGCCCAGGGCCGUUUUCCCCAACAACGAGGUGCUCCAGAACGCCAUGAAGAAGUAUCUCGAAUACCACAUGAAAGCUUUCCACAAACAAGCCACACAGUACUGGAUCAGGUCCAGUCAGCUCUUCCACUUGAAUCUGGUCAGAUCGCCGGCCCUGUUCAUCGUCAGCGACACCGAUCCGGUGGGCUCGCUCGAGAGCAACAUGAGAGUCAAAGAGUCCUGGGACUCUCUCGGAACCAAAACCUACAUGAAGAUAUUCCGCAACACUCCGCACGUCGGACACUUCCGAGCGCAUCCGAAGGAGUACGUGGCCGAGCUCUACACGUUUUUGGACAGACUACAGCUGAUCAGGAACGAGGAGAAGAUUCGCGCGCGGCUUUAAUACGACAACGAGAACGACGAUAAUGAUGAUAAUGAUAAAAGUUAAAACAUUGAUAUGUCUAUUGCCAUUUAUUGUCGAGUAGCUUUUGUUAUUGUUUAUUUAGAAUCUGGGAAAAAAAGAACGAAAAAUCCAUUGUUUAAUUGAUUUGUUAUUUUUAUGAAUCGUACUAACCGUACUGCUUUUUUUUAUUUUUUUUUUAUUUUUUAUCAAAAUAUCUUAUGUAAAUCGAUAUCGUUUGUUCGUAUCUACAGCGUGUAUUUACGAACGAUGGGUUUCCUUGUGAUCGUAUUUUAUUUCUAUUUAUUUUGAUUUAUUUCCAUUAAGAUUGGCCGUCAUCUUUUCUUUUUUAUAACUCAUACGAUAUUUUUUGUAAUUAAUUUUAUCAUGUACUAAUCAAGCUUAAAAAUUGUACAAAACAAAUAUCUGUCGAUAAAUAUAACGUGAAGUAAAAAUUUUUCAUUCACUUCACUCUUCUAUUUUCUACAAUGCAAAUUAGACAUUAAACGAACACUAUUGUCUGUGUUAUUAGAACUUAUACAUAUAUAUUAUCCACGAUGAGAAUUAAAUUUUGUACUUUUUUCUGAAUUAAACAUUUAUAGAGAA